ACUUUGAAUGGGUUGCUAGGCGACAGCAGUCAGGUGACUGUCUGCAGACUGAACAUGGCUGACCUGUCAGAAGACCAAUGAGGGAAAGGCCAAAUUUAGCAUAAUCGAUCUUGUUUUUUACGUUGUAUCUGGCCACAGUUGACCGUCGUGAUCAGCAGUUGACCAGAGUUACUCAAGAUGAGCGGGUUGCCAGAGGGAGUAGCAAAUGGCCCAAGUAGGAGUGAAUACCUCAAGAAAGAUGCUCAGACUUGGGAGAGACCCUGGACUCUUGAAGAGAUGCGGCAGAGCAGUGCCAACUGGUCCCUGGCAGCUGACUCAGGACUCUUCCUGUUCCUCCAAGACUUCUCCCAGAGAAUGCUGUCAAAGACACAUGAUAUUGAAAAGCAGUUGGACAGUCUGAUCCGUGACACCAAGGCCACAGAUAGCUGCUUGCACUCUGUCUUUAACGACUUUCUCAUGCUUUCCAAUACACAGUUUAUAGAAAAUAGAGUGUAUGAUGAAGAGGUAGAAGAGACUAUUCCCAAGGCUGAUGCUUUGGAGAAGCAGCCUGAGCAGGAGAAGAGCCGAGAGCAGAAAGAGGCAGAGUUGAUCCCUAAGAUGCAGGAAGCAGUAAAUCAUGGCCUGAGAGUGCUGGAGUCGGCCUUUGAGCAUCUGGACAUCAAAGCGGGGAACUCUGAUUCAGAGGAUGAGGAGGUCACAGACAGAGUGGAGGACAUCCUGGAGCCCAAGGACCUUUAUGUGGACAGACCACUUCCAUAUCUGAUUGGUUCCCAGGCCUUCAUGGAACAAGAGGACGUUGGACUUGGUGACCUCUCCAGUGAUGAAAUGUCAGUUGACAGUGACAGAGACAGUGUAAUUGACAGUGAAGAUGGCAAAGAAGCAGUUCAUUCAGAUGAUGACUUUAAUCAGGUGGAGGAUGAAGGUCACAAUAUUAUUAGGAAGAAGUCAUCCAUGUUGAGUUAUGAUGAUGACGAUGAUGAUGAUGACGAAGAAGAGGAGGAUGAUGAUUCUGACAUAUUUGGAGAAUCAGACAGGGAUGAAGAUGAUGAUGACGACGACGACAGCACAAAGAACACCGGCCCAUCGUCCUUUGCUGAUGAGCUUGCAGCUCGAAUCAAAGGGGAACCAGUUAAAAAACCAGAAGGAGAUCGUGCAUCAUUGUCAUCUAAGAAGAAAAGUAAAAGCAGGAAAGAACCAAAGCCUGCCAUGCCACAGGCAGCUGAAGAGGACAGUGAUGACAUGUUUAAGCCACCGAAGAUGGAUGAUGAUGACUUCUCCCCAUUUGGAGGGAAAAGUGGCCUCUUUAGUGGAGGGAGAGGCCUGUUUGACGAUGAUGAGGAGGGUGAUCUUUUCUCUGAGGCUCCAAAACCUCCUGUGUCCGAGGAAAAAAGGGUACUGAAUGAAAGCAUGAAAAGCACAUUGAAAACUGCCGAAUCUGACAAAUCUGGAAAGAAGAUUCCAGCGGGUGCCAUUUCAGUAUUCCCAGAUAACAGCCUGUUCGGUUCAGGGAUUGAAUCGGAUUCAGUCGAGAGCAAGGAGAAUGGGCAUCCAGCUCCUAAGACCAGUGCUGCCUCCAAACAGGUUCCUAUGGGAGCUGCUUUUGGUGAAGGAGGAGGUGGGCUGUUUGAUGAUGAGGAUGAGGAUGAUGACUUCUUCAGUGGUUCAAGCCUGACAAAGUCUGACUCUGCUGGAGACAAGAAGCCCAAGAAAGUUAUCGACCUUUUCGAUGAAGAAGAAGAUGACGAUGGUGACAUAUUCAGUGAGAAGUACAGUGCUCCAACUCCAGCACAGAGCCAGAAGGAGGUAGUGGAAGAGCAGAUAAAACCACCUGAGAAAAAGAUGCCAGCAGGGGCCAUCUCUAUGUUUGGACCCGGGACUCAAAGCUUGCUCAAUGAGGGCCUGAAGAAAUGUCCGCCGUCUCCCAGCAAAGAGUCUGAAAAAUCUGUGAAGAAUGGGCCAGCUCCCGAUGCUGCUAAGGCUGCUGUCAAGCAGACUCAGAAACCCCAGACGAGAGGCCUCUUCUCUGAUGAUGAAGACACACCGGGAUCUCCAGCUAUCCCUAGGAGCCAGUCUAAGCCUGAGUUUACAAGCCAGGCCAAAACCAGCAAGCCCCUGUUGUCAUUAUUUGAUGAUGAGGAAGAAGAGGAUCUGUUUGCAUCUGCAGCUAAGUCUAAAGCAAAACCUAAUCAAGCUAAAGCUUCCACACCACAACUCAAUACAGCUGUGUCCAGCUCCCUCUUCAGUGAUGAUGAGGACCAGUGGGUGAGUUCUGUCAGUAGUGCGGGGAAGCCAGAGGUAAAGACAGGCGGGAUGAAGCCGAGUGCCAGUGCCCCCUCCAGUCUCACCAGUGGCCCCUCCAGUCUCACCAGUGGCCCCUCCAGUCUCACUAGUGUCCCCUCCAGUCUCACUAGUGGCAAAAUGUCUCUCAAAAGCAGCCUCUUUGAUAAUUAUGAUGAAGAUGACCUGUUUGCUCCAACGACAGAGUCAAGUCAGAAGAAAUCUCAGAGAGUCGCUCUCUUGUUUGAAGAUGAGGGUGAUGACGAUGAAGAUAAAGGAUCCGUCUCUGGCAUCAAACAUGCCGUCAACACAAACACUGCAGCCCAAGCUGCUAAAACACCGGCUGCGUCCUCUCAGUCGUCCUCCCUGUUGGAGGAAUCGGACGAGGUCAUCGUUUCUAGGACAGCAGCACAGGACCAGCCUUCGGAGCAGGAGGAGCCUGCAGCGGAGACCCCUGAGCCGCUCCCAUCAGCACCCUCGCCAGAGAUCAGCCAAAGUAAAAAGAAGCCUGCUGGAGCAGUCAGUCUUUUCGGAGGCAUCAACGUUCUUGCCAACAAGCAGACAAAGAGCCUGUUGGAGGAAGUUGACAAUGAUGACAGCCCGCCACCCAAUGUCAAGAGGGAAGAGAAAGUCAAAACAAACACUGUAAGUCUGUUCGAUGAUGAAGAGGAAGAUGAAUCGGAUUGGAAUGAGCCGAUAUUCACACCCAGUAAACCCCCGGCAAGCGACACACUAACGCUUACAGAGGAGCGUCCACAAGCAACAAGCACAGGUGUGUUCCAGGAUGAGGAGCUGCUGUUCAGCCAGACGCAGCAGAAGGACAAUGACCCAGAUGUUGAUCUGUUUGCCACUUCAGACAAAGCUGCGAGUUCCAAGCUCAGCUCAGCAAAGCCAGCAACACAAAGUCUGUUUGCAGAAGAUGAUGAGGAUGAACUUUUCGGCUCCAUCAAGCCAAAAGCGCCUCCUCCGAAAGUAGCAGAGAAGCCCAGUAAACCUAUUGACAGAGCACCACUAGCAAGUCCAGAAUCUGUAUCUGAGAUUCAGAAACCUGACCCAAGCCCUGUAAAACCUAAAGAUUCUUCAUCAAGGAUUGGGAAACUUCAAGCCAAUCUGAUGAUAGAUCCCACUACGUUGCUCCCUGGUGUUACCCCCAUUAUGCCAGGGGCUGUAAAUGUACUCCCUGGCAUGGCUCAGAGUUCCUCCUCUGGGAUGUCCAGCUCCAGCCUGAGCCCCAGCCCUGCCACAUCUCCUACAGGAGCCCAGAAGGGCCGCGAGGGAGGAGUGAACUUCGACAGCCCAGUUCAGGUUACAACACUGCAGAGUGCGCACAAGAGUCGUGCCAAAGGUUUUGUACAAAGGAGACCCCAGUCCAGAGCAGCGAGGCAGCAAGCAGCCCACAGAUCUUUAAAGGAUAAAGAAGACACUGAGGGUGGAUAUGUUCCUGGGCCCAAUCUGAGUCUGUCUGGUUCAGCCUUACCUCCACCAGAUAGGUCCAGCCAGACGCAUGCCAGUCCGAUAUUGGCUAACUCGGCUGCACCAGCUGACCUGCCCGCCUCCUCACCUUCUCAAUCAUCUCUCUCUGAAACCUCCCCUAGACCGCCUGUACUGAACACUGGAAAGAAAGACACCAGUGAAGACGGCAGCAGUACCAAGGGGCUGCCAUCCUAUGAUGAGGAUGACCUUUUUGGCUCCGACAGCCUGUUUAGGGCCACCUCAGUUACUAACACACCCUCCACCAGACAAACUACCAAGACGACACAACCUCAGGCCAGUAGUGGGGCGGGAUUGAAGAAAGACACAGAUAAAAGCACUCUCCCAUCCAUUUUUGAUGCCAACAUGGGUGACAUUUUCCAAAAGGUCAAACCAAGGUCAACAACAAAGAAAGCCAAGACCACACACUAUUUGGAGGAAGAUGACGAUGAUGAGGAUAUCUUUGGAGUGAGCAACAGCUCUACUCAGGCCUCCGCAAAUAGUAAAGAAAUCAAGAACAGCAGUAGUUUUUCAAAGCAGGACAUCUUCCAGGGGGAAGUUUCCACCGUGCCUAAAGUUCACAAGAAGCACAAAGAGAAAACCCUUGAUGCCAGCUUGUUUGAUGACAACAUAGACAUUUUUGCUGACCUGUCGGACACUUUAACACCAAAACAGAAGUCCAAGAGAAAGGGAGAGACCAAGUCAAUAUUUGAUGAUGACAUGGAUGACAUCUUUUCACCAAGCACAGUAAAACCAGUCAUGAAGGCUCCCCAAAAAUCAAAGAAAACGCCACGCUCUCAGGAGACCAGUACAGAGGCGGAUUCAAGCAACAUAUUUGAUGAUCCACUAAAUGCUCUUGGUGGGAACUGAACUGUUGUUUCUGAGUAGCAAGAUUUGUACAAUUGUGGUUUAAUUUUGUUGCCAUUUGGAUCGCUGAAAGAUUGGAGAUCGGAUACACUGUUGAUAGAGUAUUUAUUCAUUUGAAAUUAUAUAAAUCCUGGGGCUUAUUUUUGCCAGAUAAAGAUUUUCAAAUGAAAAUGAUUCCAAGCAUUUUCUGACAGCACUUCCAAAAUAAUCUCAGUAUCAGAUCAUAGUAUGUAACAGUUAUUACGUACUGUUAAUCUUUAUUAUACAUAUUAGCACUUUAUAAGCAUACCAUUUGCUUAGCCUCAAAGCCUGCAGAAAUUAACAGUAACUUGUUUUGAAGAUCUUUUUGCUUUUCCAUGUUGAGAGUCCAUGUCUUUGGAUUUGUGUUAUAUCAUGGUUAUGAGAAAUCAAUGUGUUUACUUACUGUCUUAGGCAUCAUGUUUUUAUUAAUAAGAGAUUUGCCAAUUUCUCAACUUUGGCUGUGAUGAAAACGGAAAUUCAUUUUUAAUAACUAAAAAGAAACAUAUUUUAUGCUAUCUGAAAUGAGUUUUUUUCAAAGUCACUUGUCCUCAUGUGCAUUGUGUCUUUUUAGACUUUAUAUUGAUCAAUGUCUGUGAGCAGGGAAAGGGAACAUUAGAUCUGCAAUUAUUGGAUAACAUUUUUGGAUGAUUGAGGUUUUGUCAUUUUGCCUAGGUCAGGAUUAAUAAAAUAAAAAAGGAAGAAUUUAAGCUUAUUAACAUUUAAAGAGAAAACCCCCUGGUUGCUAGAAGUUCUAUAACCUUCUCAACAGUAGGGAAGGUUAAUAAGUAAAAGCUUCAAAAACUA